AUGAGGUCAACUGAAAACUACACGACUAAACCAGAUAAUAAUUGCCACAGCGAAACCAGCAGCGUGUCGUCCAGAGAGAGCGUCUUUCUUGAAAAGCGAAAGAUGACCGACCACAUGAGCAAUCUCGCACAGAUCAAGUUCGACAGAAGCGCCAUGAUCACGGACCAGCCAAUUGGCAGCAUUGGAGAGUGCGUCAGUACUAUUGGUCUUAUGCUGAUAACGCCCUUAGACCUAAUGGAAGACUCACGAAAGCAGUACAACGCAAAUGGGCCACUUGACAUCGAGCGAUUGUACCAAAUCGGCCAAGAAAUCACCAACAAUCUUUCUACAGAAGACGAUGAAUUCGACAUGAAAUGCAGAGUUUGCAACGAUAAAGCUUCAGGAGUUCAUUACGGAGUCGAAUCUUGCGAAGGUUGCAAGGGCUUCUUCAGACGAACCAUUUCGAAUCACUACGCGUAUCGACAGUGUCCGAAGCAGGGCCAGUGCAAGAUCUACCGAAUGAACCGCAACCGCUGUCAAUACUGUCGAUUCAAAAAGUGUCUCGAUGUGGGCAUGUCGCGAGACGCGGUGAAAUAUGGACGCAUUCCCAAGAAGGUUAAAAGCCAGAUGAUUCAGAACAGAAAGGAGCAAAUGAUGGUCGAAAAGAUGAAGCAAUUUACUGAAGCAACUUUGGGAGCAGAGCAAAUCGCGGAGCAGCUGGAACAAGCGCACACUGCCUCAUUUGAAUUGACGCAGAAAGUCGUCUUUGUCGGCUCAACAGCUGUCGUCUCUAGAAAUGCCAGGAGAAAUCAUGCCAAGGAGGGAGUCUUACGCAUCUUUACUGGCGACGAGCGACGAUUUCCGCUUGGAUUUGAAUAUGCCCAACAGAUCUGGCAAGAUUUCUCAGAUCAAUUUUCCCCAGCAGUCCGGGAAGUUGUCGCCUUCGCCACGAGAAUUCCUUCUUUUCGAUCUUUGGAUCAAGACGAUCAAGUUCAAUUGAUGAAAUCAGGCGCUUUCGAGGUCAUCAUCACAAGAUUUUCUUCCCUCUACGACCCUCAAUCCGCUACGUUGGUUUUUGCUGACGGAAGGAGAUAUACAAAGGAAGAUCUUCUCGAUACAGUAAAAAACGUCGAGACCCUUGUUGACGCGCUUUACGAAUACGCCCGUCGACUCCACGACCUGAAGCUUUCUCAAACCCAGCUUGCGAUUUUCUCCGCCAUCGCCCUCAUUUCAGCAGAUCGCGCCGGGCUAUCAUACACAAACGACGUGGAAACAUUGCAAAAUCAACUGCUCAAAGCGUUGAACCUGAAUAUCAUCGUCGAAGAGCAACGACUCCAGUCCAACACCGCCAAGAUUCGAUUCUAUGAAACGCUCAAGCUCCUAAGAGAUUUGCGACAACUGAACUACAGUCACUCGGAAAAGCUCACCCUGAUGCAGUUACAGACACUACAGUCGAGCCACGAACACAUCGAUAUCAACCAGAUGAUUCCGCAAAUCUUCGCUGGAAAAAUUCCUUCUCAAUAUUUAAUCCAUUCAAAUUCCUCGAGUGAGAAUUUAUACUCUUAA